AGAAAAAAUAAAUGUUUAUUUAAAAUAUAAUUUAUAAAAACACUUCUGAAGCACUGUUUAAAAAUCUGCUUACUCUCAACUUGUUCUUGCAGACCUACUAACCACAUGAACCGAGUGGGGCUCUUCCAUCAACCUUCCACUCAUGGACCUUGUCGCAGGCUAGCCACUGUCACCUGCUCACCUUGUUUGUGUUUCUGGGCACAUCUAGACAAGCAAUAUAACCACAGAUUUCAUAGUCAUCUUACUGAAGGCAUAUCUCUGAGUUGAUCAGAAAUUUCAUUAUUUAAUCUGUGCAAGUUGCAUUUGUCAUCAAUGAGAAGAGCAGAUAGAUCUUACAGUUUCCAGCAGAAGAGGAUGGUUCUUGUUUCAGUAACUUGAUCUUACACUUUUCCUACUUGCCUGCAUAGCAAUUCAUCUGUAAUUACUUGGUUCAAUUCUGUAGAAAGCUUUCAGCUAAAUAAUUGCUAAAGAGAGAGUUCUUCAGGAGAAUCAACAAAGAGAGAAAGAUUCUUCCUUGGAAAUAUUAUUAAGCAUCCUUCUUUCGUUAGUAUAAAUCAGGUAACAAUAAGAAUGUUAACCUAAUCAAGCAUGCGCUGGCCCCAUUUUGACUUUUAAGAAAAAAAUAUCUGAUUGCAAGUAAGAUAACCAAAUCUUGAGUUCUCAAGGCCAUGAAAAGAGUUUGAAUACUUUUUGGAGAUUAUGCAAUCAACCACUUCAUGUGACACACUUUGUUAAACAUCUACUGAAAGUUCCACAUGAUAUUUGAUUCCUUUAACCUUCUCUUGCAAACCAAUCACACUCUGUCAUUAGCUUGAUAAUUAAUGCACUUGUUAGUUUAAUGCUGCUACAUAUGACCCCUCCAUCUAAGGACUAUUGUUGACUAUAGAACACCACUGAUAUGGUUAUUUAUUCAUUCAUCAUUAUACUUUGGAAAUAAAAGCUAUUUUUUGUACUACAUGAAUAAUAUUAGGGGUUGCUAUAGUUUACUACAGGCGCUAAUUACUCUCCGAUGCAUGUAUGACGGUGAAAAAAUGAAUUGUAUCAUAGGAACUGAAAAAAAUACUACACUGUGAAUUCUCAAAAGUUAGAACCUGAAAUUCAGUUUUUUCCUUUGUAAAUCGAGAAGAAAUAUAGAAGAAGAAGAUGACUUUUAUGUGACACUAAGAAGAAUUUGCUUAUAUCUAUAUGACUACAUAAACAAGGUCUAAUCAAAGUGGUAAACCAAUAAUUAAUUCAUUUUUUAUUCUUUUUCUAACUCUUAAAUACUAAUAUCCAUGUUUGCUUGAUACCUUCUAAGAGCUGUGUAGCAAGAAGAAAGAAUAAUUACUUAUCAUAUUUGGGGAGAUGACCUGAGGUUGGAUAAAUAUGAGAAGAUGUGUAUACACAAUAACAAAAAUGAGCUAAAGAUCAUCCAAGAAUAACAUAAACUAGGCAUGCUAACCAGUGAUAACCGAGAACAAUUUAGUGGAGGUAGUAUGGACUAAUAGAUAAGAAAAUGACAAUGCCCUUUUCCACAAUUCAUUCUAUAAUUUAGCAGCCUGGCUAACAUGCUGUAACUUCUUGUUGUCUCCUUGACCAAUUUCAAGAACCAUGUUACAGAAACCAACAACCUAUUAAAAGUAUUGACAACAGGACUACUCAUUGAUCAGAAAAACUAUGAAGGAGAGAGGUCUUCCUAGUGUCAAUUCAAAAAAAGACACAGAGAGCCCACCAAGAUUAUUACUGACAAAACACCACCCUCAAUCAAUACUAAUUUUAGUUCCACUCGACACACAUCAGCUACCAGAUAAGCCAAAAACUCUAUAUAAUGCCUCAUCCCCUCUUGAUGCAAGCACCAGCUUAAGUAACAAGAAAAUGGGUUCACAGGUAUCUGAGAAAGUGAAGCUUCUUGUAGCUGUGCUUGCACUCCAAGUCUGCUAUGCAGGAUUUCACAUAGUUUCUAGGACUGCACUCAACAUGGGUAUCAGCAAAAUUGUCUUCCCGGUUUACAGGAACAUCAUUGCUUUGGCUUUGCUGGCUCCCUUUGCAUAUUUUCUAGAGAAAAAAGAUAGACCACCUCUUACCUUAUCCUUCCUCUUUCAACUCUUUCUUCUAGCAUUAUGUGGAAUAACUGCUAACCAAGGGUUUUACCUCUUGGGCUUGUACUACCUAUCUCCAACCUAUGCUUCAGCAAUUCAAAACUCUGUCCCGGCCAUAACAUUUGCCAUGGCAGCAGCUCUCGGGCUUGAACAGAUCAAUAUCAAGUGCAGGUAUGGUGUGGCAAAGGUGGUAGGAACAAUAGCCAGCAUCGGAGGUGCCACGGUUAUUACCCUCUACAAGGGUCCUCCCUUGCUGGAUGGCAAGCUUCUCCUCGUUUCCUCUGCCAACACAAUCCUGAACUGGACCCUUGGUUGUGUCUACAUCCUUGGCAAUUGCAUUGCAUGGUCUGGGUGGAUGGUGCUUCAGGUUCCAGUGCUCAAGAAGUACCCUGCAAGGCUCUCAGUCACCACAAUCACCUGCUUCUUCGGUCUAAUCCAGUUCCUCAUCAUAGCAGCCUUUGCAGAGAAGGACAUUGAGAGGUGGAAAGUCCACUCAGGAGGAGAGCUGCUCACAAUCCUCUAUGCUGGUCUUGUGGCAUCAGGAAUUUCUUUCUCCCUCCAGAUUUGGUGCAUCGAUAGAGGAGGUCCUCUAUUUGUUGCAGUCUUCCAACCAGUGCAGACUGUGGUGGUGGCCAUCAUGGCAACUGCGAUACUUGGUGAUGAGUUAUACUUAGGAGGGAUAAUUGGAUCCAUCCUUAUUGUUCUUGGACUCUACUUUGUUCUCUGGGGGAAGAGUGAAGAGAAAGCAGCACAAGUUGUAGAGGAAAAGGAUCUAAGAAGGCAUCUCCUUGACCGAGAGACUUCAUAUAAAGAAAUUGGUGCAGUCUCUGGUAUUCCAUGAGAUUCCAAAAUCCUGUUUAAGCUUAAUUAAUUAACAAGCUCUUCGACAUCAAAGUCUUGUCCACCUUGUACAUGGCAAUGGGAGUUGUGAUUUGUGAGAAUAAUGUAAAAAUGGUAACAUAAAAAUAUCAAUGGUGGUGUGGUUUAAAAUGACAAUUGAUGGAGUAAAAUGUGAAUGCUUAAAGCAAGGGAGCAACAAGCCCUUAAA